AUGGCGCCGCUGCCCGGCUUCGCCGGAAGCUCCUCUCACGCCCUGCCGCCGGCCGCCGGCCCGCACGGCGACGCGCGGCCCCCGCCCCCCCCGCCAGCGGGAGGCGUCGACGAGCAAGGCAGCCCGCACAGCGGCGAGGAGGAGGGCGGCGGGCUUGGGCUUGGCGCCUACUCCCCAGAGGAGGGCUUCGGCGAGCUCUGGUCGCAGCGGGUCGACCGGCUGCGCGCUGCGUCGCCGCGGGGCGGUGAGCCAGGCUGGCGCCUCUUUGCGAUGAUCGUCAAGGCGGACGACGAGCUUCUGCAGGAGCGGCUGCUCCGCCCGCGCCUCGCCGUCUCCUUCAUCGCCCAGCUCGGCCGCGUCUGGAGCAGCGCGCGCAUGCCGCUCCGCCUCUUCCCGUACACGAUCCUCGCAACCUCGGCCACCGCCGGGCUCAUCGAGGUCGUCCCCGACGCAAAGUCGCUCGACGGCAUCUGCAAGACCGCCUCCUUCUCCUCGCUCGCCGCCUUCUUCCGCGCGCGCUACGGCGGCCCCUCCUCGCGCGCCUUCUAUGCCGCCCGGCGCAACUUCGUGCAGUCCAGCGCCGCGUACUCUGUCGCGUGCUACCUCCUCCAGAUCAAGGACCGGCACAACGGCAACAUCCUGCUGCGCGCCGACGGCUCCGUCGUCCACAUCGACUUUGGCUUCCUCCUCUCCAACUCGCCCGGCAAAAACAUCGGCUUCGAGUCUGCGCCCUUCAAGCUCACGCGCGAGUGGGUCGAGGUGAUGGGCGGCGCGUCGUCGCCGUGGUUCGCCUACUUUCGGCUGCUCGUCGUGCGCGGCUACCUCGAGGCGCGCCGCCACCGCGAGGAGCUCCUCCUCUCCGUCGCCGCCGCCUACCACGCCACCGGCGGCUCGCUGCCUUGCUUCCGCGCCGGGGAGGCGUCGAUCGACGCGAUGCGUCAGCGCUUCCGGCCGCACGACUCGGAGGUGCAGGCGGCGCGGUUCGCCGCGAGCCUCGUCUCCGAGUCCCUCGACCACUGGCGCACGCGCACGUGCGUCUCUGCGCGUGCGGGUGCGUGCUCGCCACUGCAGCGGGUGUGA